AUGCGCGAGGCAGCUGAGAAGGCCGCGGCAGGUCCUAAACCUUUCCCAUCAUCCUUCGACAACCUCGGCAAGCGUAAGCGAGUCCCCGGUUUUGACGACGAGCUGCCUAAGCAUCGAAGGGGACUUGCUUGGUCAUCAUCCUCAUCCUCUACGUUCUCUCCAUCUGCCAGCUACACCGAGAUUGCCCCUCCUCUUCCUCGUCCACCAUCACACCUCCUUCAGAACCACGAAUUAGCAAAUUCGCUAGCUCGUUGUAGCGAUCACGUUAAAGUAGAAACCCCAUUCAAUGUUGAUCGAUUGAGCGACAUGCUCGUUGACCACCCGAAUCAACCCUUCGUCCAAUCUGUUCUUACAGGUCUGCGUGAAGGUUUCUGGCCACUGGAGGAUGGCGAAUGGAAGCUGGAGCUCGAAGAGGUUGUCGGCAACUACUCCACGGAGGAGCCGGAUCUCGACGCGAUUCGUGCGUUCCGAGACAAAGAACAGGCUGCAGGCCGUUGGUCGGGCGAGCUGUCAGAGCUACUGCCGGGCAUGAAGAUCUCGCCCAUGUUCGUGGUCUGGCGUGAUGACAAGGCUCGGGUAGUCACUGACCAUACCGCCUCGGGUCUGAACGACGGGAUCCCGAGGGCGGAGGCAAAAGUCCGAUACGACAACAUGACCGACUUUGGCCAAGAGCUC